AUGGCGGCGCCGGAGGGCGGCUCUGCUGCGAUGCCCGCGGCUUGUCCCGCUCCGCCUGGUCCCUCGGCUCCCGGCUCCUGGAGCCGCUCCUUGGACCGAGCCCUGGAAGAAGCGGCGGUCAGCGGGACCCUCAGUUUGAGCGGCAGGAAGCUCCGGGACUAUCCGCGGGCCAGCGCCGCCAACCACGAUCUCAGCGACACCACCCAGGCUGACUUGUCACGGAACAGACUGUCGGAGCUUCCAGCAGAAGCCUGCCACUUUGUCUCCCUCGAGACUCUUAAUCUGUACCAGAACUGCAUUCGAUAUAUCCCAGAGACUGUUUUGAACUUACAGUCUCUAACAUUUCUAAAUAUCAGUCGAAACCAGCUUUCAACAUUGCCAGUACACCUCUGUAGUCUACCACUAAAAGUUUUGAUAGCAAGUAAUAAUAAACUGGUUUCAAUACCUGAAGAAAUUGGACAGCUCAGACAGCUGACAGAGCUUGAUGUGAGCUGUAAUGAAAUACAGACAAUACCUCCACAGAUCGGCAAUUUGGAGUCCUUGCGAGACCUAAAUGUCAGAAGAAAUAAUUUGGUGCGUUUACCUGAAGAGCUUGCUGAGUUGCCUUUGAUUCGAUUAGAUUUCUCCUGCAAUAAAAUAACAACAAUACCAGUUUGUUAUAGGAACCUCAGACACCUUCAGACCAUCAUGUUAGAAAACAACCCUCUCCAGUCCCCCCCUGCACAGAUAUGUAUAAAAGGAAAAAUUCAUAUAUUUAAAUACCUGAACAUAGAAGCAUGCAAGAUAGCUCCAGACUUGCCUGAUUAUGAUAGGAGACCCAUGGGAUUUGGAUCAUGCCACGAGGAGCUCUAUUCCAGUCGUCCAUAUGGAGCACUCGAUUCUGGCUUCAAUAGUGUGGACAGCGGAGACAAAAGAUGGUCAGGGAAUGAACCAACAGAUGAGUUCUCAGAUCUCCCAUUACGUGUGGCAGAGUUCACCAAAGAGCAGAGACUGAGAAGAGAAAGUCAGUACCAAGAAAACAGAGGGAAUGCAGUUGUAAUUAAUGGUGGAGUGGAACAUGAUCUCGAUCAGAUUGACUACAUUGACAGCUGUGCCACGGAGGAGGAGGAGGAGGAGGUGAGGCAGCCCAAGUGCCAGGACUCCGACAGCCUCAGCUCCCAGUUCAUGGCAUACAUCGACCAGCGGCGCAUCUCCAAUGAGAGCUCACCAGUAAAGCCUGUAUCCAUCAGAGAAUUUCAGAGAACAGAGGAUACAAGACGACAUUUACAUCAAAACAGGGAUACGGAUGAAUUACGAAGACCUGAAACUCUAAAUUUGAUGCAGGACAGAGAGCAUCACCCAGUACUAAGGAGUUAUGUGGACAGGACAGAGAGACCCCUGCCUGAUUCACCUUAUUUUCUUUCGCUGUCAAGUCACCAAACCCAGGUGCCCAACACAGACUCUGAGCUGCACCGCCGGCACAUCGAGCGCACGCGCCGGGAGGCCCAGCUGGCAGCCCUUCAGUACGAGGAGGAGAGGAUGAGAACUAAGCAGAUUCAGAGAGAAGCUGUCCUUGACUUUGUUAAGCAAAAAGCCUCCUUAAGUCCUCAGAAACAAAGUCCAAUGGAUAGUGAGUGUCCCUUUCCAUCCAGAAGGUCUCAGCAUACUGAUGAUAGUGCCUUGUUAGUGUCACUCUCAGGGUUGAAUCAAGAAAGCUGUGCUACUACCCUGCCUAGUGCCUCUACCUUCAGUCCUGUCAAGAGUGAUGACAGAUCUACCAUCUCCCCUGGCUCACCUACCGCUCAGACAGUCCACCUUUCCCCUCCAUAUCCUGGCCAUGCAGCCCCGCCUUCCUAUAGAAACCCUUCCCAGCGACCUGAGAGUUUCCUUUUCCGAACAGCUGUCAGGGAUGGAGCCAAGAAAGCUGUUUCUUCAUCCUCUACCUGUGCCUUGUCUCCUGCUAAUGAUUCUGCAGACCCUCGAGUGAGACAAAAUUCCAAACAGCGGGAGGAGGAGCUGGAGCUGAUAGAGCAGCUACGCAAGAACAUCGAGUCGCGGUUGAAGGUGUCACUGCCCAGCGACCUCGGGGCGGCUCUCACGGACGGCGUCGUCCUGUGCCACUUGGCCAACCACGUGCGGCCCCGCUCUGUCCCCAGCAUCCACGUGCCCUCACCUGCUGUUCCUAAACUUACAAUGGCAAAAUGCAGACGAAACGUGGAAAAUUUCUUGGAAGCUUGCAGAAGGAUUGGAGUGCCUCAGGAGCAAUUAUGUUUGCCUCUGCAUAUUUUAGAAGAGAAGGGUUUGACACAGGUAGCUGUGACUGUCCAGGCGCUCCUGGAGCUGGCACCCCCAAAGCAGCAGCCACUUCACCACUUGUCUGCUGUGUAAAGACCUCCGGGACCUUUUGGGUUACCUUGGCUAAGCAGAAGGACCUGAAGACUUUACUGCCCAUGCAGUGCAUCCAAACACACAGAGCUCUGUUCUAAGGAAAUGAGUUUCCAUGAUUCCUGACAGGAAUGUUUUACUUCAUUUCUCCAUUUUUUUUGGAGAUCACAACAGUUUCCAGAAACAUUUUUAUUACCAAUAUUUUUGCCCCUUAUUUAAAAAAAUGAGAGUUCAUUGGGAGGAGGACAGGGAAUGCUAGUGGCUGGCUGUUGGAGCCAGCUGUAGAAAUGGACUUUGCAGGAUGAAGAAAUGGGUUUAGAGUCUGGAAAGCAAUUCCUAGGGGAAUUUGUAAAAAAAAAAAAAAAGGGUGUUGCUGCAGUGGGCACACAGGGAAUUAAAUUUCUUUCCUUACCCACAGGGUGCAAAGAAACGGAGUUUCUUUGCCUCCAAAGAAUGACGAUUUCUAUUAUAAUAUUUUUUAAGUUGCAUCACACAAUCUUAACUUGCAGUGUUUGAUAACAGGGUUGAACCUCACACAGCUGUCACUUGCCUUGGCAGGUCCUCAUUACUAAAAGUCAAAGAAAAAAAAACACUUUUCCCAAUGGAAAAAUGACUGUAUGUUUUCUCUGCCAGAAACACCUUAGUAAAAGAUACUAAGUCAGAUCUGUUCAAGUGGGAUUAAUCCCAUCAGCAUUCUUGCUGUGUUCACUUUCUGUUUGGGUUUUAGCAUGUCUUUAUCUGAACACUUUUCCAACAGCAGUGGAGGGAGAUUGCCCCUGUCCUUACAUCCCCUUCUGGUGGUUUUGUGGGAUCACCAGAAUCCCUGCAUUUCCCUGCAGUGGGAACAGUGCCAGCCUGCCCUGCUGGUCAUUAGAAGCCCUACCGGCUAACAGAUUUAUGAGGGGCUGAACAUCCCCUGCAGGCACAGAAUGGAUCAUGUUAAAAGCACAGUUCUCAAGUUCCCCAGGUGGGCUGGGUGUUGUCAGAGCAGCAUCUGUGCUAAGGCAGCUCUGAAGGGUUAGACAAGGCUUUCAAUAAUGUCCUUUAUUAGUUGGAGUUUAUGUAGAGAGAUAUGCUGGUUUUACAGAACUGCUAUCACUUCAUUCCUCUUUCCUUAACAUAAUAAUGGAAUUUCGCUGUACAGAAGUGGGAGAGGCAGCUGACAAGUUCUGCAUUUUCCUGGAAAGCUGAUGUGCAAAAUAAAGACAGGUCUAUAUGCUCUGGUCCUAGUGACAAGGCCAAGCUUGCUACUGGAUCAAUUAACAAUUCUUUUUUUCCCCCCCACAAAAAGGCCUCACAAAAUCCAGUUUCCACCCAUGCAGUUUCCUUUGUCAGGUUUUGCCCAAUUCAAAGCAUCCCUGAACAUUAUGCUACUAAUACAUGGUACAUGUUCUGAAAGCAACUCCAGGCAUCAGCCAUAUUCUGUCUGGGAUAUAUUUGAAGCAAAAUACACCGAGAGGAUUUUAUGCAGAUAAAGGAAGAAGAAAUGGGAACAAAUUAGCUAAAAGUCAUUUUUGCAGAAGUAAAACCUGCUGUGGGAGCUGCCAAGGACUGGUUUUAGCUGCAUUUUUCCCCUUUUGAUUUGCAGUUUUGUUUCCAUUUUGUUGUGCUUCAUGUAUUUCUUUCAAGGCCCAUUGUGGUGAUUGUUGAAUCCCCUAUUUCUCAUAAUUAUUCCAGUUGCUUCUUCUUGGCAUUGGUUGGUCACAUUUAAAGUGAAGAACACCUGGGAGGUGUUUAAGAGUGCCCAGCUGCAAAGAGAAACCUCCUCAUGCUGGGCAAAUGCAGUGCCCUGAGCCCUGCAGGGAAUGGAAGUGCCAGGAACUCACAGUACCCACAGGAAGAGCAGCUCCACACAGGCAUUCUUGCCCCCUUAAGUAGUUUUUGUAUUUCACUUGAUGCCAUUGGUGAGAAGCAUUGUUCAUUCCCACAGGGUUACACAGAGGUGUCUGAAGUGUCUGCUGCAGUUUGCUGGGGGGAAGAUGCUGCCACUCACAGGCAACACCAGACACAGACAGAGUGUUCCUGAUGUGUUUGUCUCUGCACGUAAUUUGAGAGAGAGGGAGGCACUGACUUCAUCUUGGUUUCCAACAUUAAGUCACCUGUUGUUACAGGGACAGUUGCAUUUACCAGCACACCCAUCAUGGGCUAUUUAAAUACCCCUGUUUGAAGAAAACCAUUCCCUUCAUGGAUUUGCAAGGGUGUGGUGAUUGCUCCAGCACUGAAAGAAAAUGAAACUUAACAGUAUUCAGGUUGGUGGAAAUUUUGUCAUUUAAAUAUAGUAGUUUUUAAUGGGGUGGGGGCUUGAGUCUGGCCUGUAAGAAGGAGCCAUUUCCUGUUGGCCUGAGUGGCUCAUGGCCACCUGUGGCUGGAGGCCAGGCAGGCAGAAGGUCCCUGGCACCGGGUACUUUGUUGUGAGCAACGUUCACUCUGGAGUUUCAGCGUAGGUAAUUGUGUUAGUUUGACAUUUGUAAUCUUAUGUUUUUAGGCUGGCAAGCACUAAAUCUUGUCCAGAUGCUUAGGACAAAAAUUCAAACCUGAAGUUUCAUCAUGCAGUUUAUUUAAUGUGUUAUACCAAACCCACUUCAGUUCUCUCUUGCAAAAUGGGUUGGGAUUUUUCAGUGUAGUUAUGUGCAAUUUUUAUGUAUCCCAUGAAAAGAGUAUUUGAAAGAAAACAUAUAUAAAGUUCUAUUCAGUGUGUUAAAGCAAAGAAGAGACUCUCUUUCCUCUUCGGGGCAUUUGUGUUGGAGGAUGUGGGAGGGAUCCACUUCAGUGUUCUGUGCUGCUGGUGUUCCUGCACUGACUCCAUGGUGUCACACUCCCUCCUCACACCUGGCGAGCCCUGAGCAGUGUCUGAGGCUCUGCAAGGUCACACACUCCAGGUGGAGCGGCCCAGGCACUUGGGAGCCCCUAAUGGCACUGGGAGGCCAGGGCAGAGCAGCUGGGGGUUCCCCUUUGAAGGAGAGGCUUUUGUAAAGGCCCUGCCCCCUGCUUAAAAUCCACCAGGGACAACUCUUCACAGCACCAGAGCACCUCUGUUGUUCUUGGUAGCAGCAGGAUGGCAAAUGGUAUUCUUAACCCUUUAUGACUAUAAAUGGUUCUUUGAAAAACUGUUUUAGAAACAGAGGACUUGAAAGGUGAAUUUGGACAUCAGAAAAUUCUUUUGUAUAGAUAUUGUGAUGUUCUACAAAGUGAUCUAAUUUUGUUAUUUCUGAAAACAGUGUAAACGUGUAAGUAAUAGAGUAAAGGAUUUUAAAGCUUCAUCCCAUGCUGUAUGUCUGUAAAUACAUUCCAUAAUUUCUGUUCCAUAUAAAUGUGUCUGAAUAUUGUAUAUUUUAAAUCGCCUGUAUUCUGCCAGUAGUGUGAACUUCUAGCACAUUGAUAAUAUAAAAGAAAACCAUGGGUAUUUGAAAUAAAGUUUUAAAACUUA